UCUUAAAAAACAUACAGGACAUGCACUAAGUAACGUACAUAGUAUGUGUGCACGCUCGUGGGUUUCCUGCGUUCUGUCAACUGUAGACAUGGUACUGAAGUCAUCUAGAUAUUCGAACAUUUCUUCAAGACCAUGGCGUCGAUUGGCAUGCUGAACUUGAUGUUGAUAUUUAUAAUUCUCUGCCCGUGCCUUAUAUUAGGCACGGACACCUCUACCGGCGCAGUGGGCAGAAAGUGUGCAUGUAAUGACAAACCAUGUCUUGAAACCAACCACACAUGCGUCCUGCAAAACCCUAAUGCGCUUUGCAUUGCCAUGAAGAUGAGGGAUGAUUCGCAGAGAGAGGUAUCCCUACUGAUGUGCGAGGAGGACCCCAAGGGGCCAGAGGAGCGGCCAUUCCCAUGCCAGAACCCAGAGUCUAACCCCUACUACAUGUCCAAGUGUUGUGUGGACCAGGACUAUUGUAAUCGGGAGCUGGUCAAGGAUAUGCAUCUUGAGCCACUGCCGACUACCCAGCCAACAGAAGUUUGUAACUUGAAGCCCGCCUUUGGGGAUUGUGACAUGGAAGCAUUUCUGUGGUAUUACAACACCACCCUGAACGAUUGUCAACAGUUUGUAUACAGCGGCUGCGGAGGCAACGAUAACAAAUUCUACACCAAGGAUUCCUGUCUUCGUCAGUGCCAUGAUUAUAAGGCCAAGCCUGACGAGCCCAUCUCCAUGGUCAACCUGUCGCUGGCUAUCGCCAUCCCCGUCACCAUCAUCUGCCUAGCAGCAUUCUUCCUGAUGGCGGUCCGUUGGUACCUGCUGCAGAAGUCGGCAUCCCGGCCCAUCCGCAUGCAGGUGCCUCUGAUACCCGGCACAGGCAGUCAGGUCAUUCCUAUGGGGUGGAAUCUAACAGAUCUCCACAAUACCGCCACCUCCAGCUCAGGUUCAGGGUUACCCUUGCUGGUGCAGCGUACCAUUGCCAGACAGAUCACCCUUGUAGACUGCAUCGGCAAGGGGCGCUACGGCGAGGUCUACAAGGGCCGCUGGAGGGGCGAACACGUGGCCGUCAAAAUCUUCUCCUCGCGCGAGGAACGGUCCUGGUUCCGUGAGGCUGAGAUUUACCAAACGGUCAUGCUGCGCCACGAGAACAUUUUGGGAUUCAUUGCUGCUGAUAACAAAGACAGUGGUAUGGUUACACAACUCCUGCUGGUCACUGACUACAUGGAGAACGGUUCUCUCUUUGACUUUUUGAACAUGACGACUAUUGACACCGCUGGAAUGAUCCGACUUGCGUACUCAACGGCAAAUGGACUGGCACACCUUCAUGUGGAGAUUGUUGGCAUGCAAGGCAAGCCUGCGAUAGCCCACCGGGACCUCAAGAGCAAAAACAUCCUGGUCAAGCGCAACGGUCAGUGCGCCAUCGCGGACCUGGGCCUGGCCGUCCGCCAUGACUCGGAGCGUGACACGGUGGACAUCGCCCCCAACAAUCGCAUCGGUACCAAGCGUUACCUGCCCCCAGAGGUUCUCGAUGACACCAUCAACGUCAACCACUUUGAAGCCUUCAAGAGAGCCGAUGUCUACUCGCUGGGAUUGGUGUUCUGGGAGAUCGCGCGCAGAUGUUCCAUUGGAGGAAUCUAUGAGGAGUACAGAUUACCAUAUUAUGACAUGGUACCAUGUGACCCGUCUAUUGAAGACAUGCGUAAGGUGGUCGUCGGUGACAGGCAGCGACCCACUAUCCCCAACAGGUGGAACAAUGUAGAGCCACUGCGUGUCCUGGCCAAAGUCAUGAAGGAAUGCUGGUACCACAGCGCAGCCGCCCGCCUGACGGCACUCCGCAUCAAGAAGACCCUUGACAACCUACGCGUUGCCGAGGAUGUCAAGUUAUAGAAAGCUUCGGCCAGACCAGAUGAAAAAUGAAAUGCAGCUGUAAAAGAUGAAAUGUUAUAUUUUUUUUUUUUUUUUUUUUUUUUUCGUCGGAUGAGAUUCAAGUAACUUGAAAUGCUGACUUAGAGCUGACGGCUUUUGCACCGGUCAAACUUUGUAAAAUAUGAACAGAAAAAGAAAGUGAAGGGAUAAAAGAGAGUUUGGAUUUGCUCUCGCAGCAAUUUGAGUUGGACUCUUAUGGAGCAUCAGUUUGGCAUGAAACUUUGGAGGAAAUUUCUGCGGUGGAAGCACUUGAAGUACAGCUGUAUGUAAACGCAUCCAGUGGAGGACCUUGAACAAUAGAGGACAAUAAGGUCCACGAAUGGGUGAAGAUCCACACUUGAAAAUCAUGUACGAAUCCAAUUGGGGUUUUUUUCCCCAAGAAGGUAAAGUAAAAACGAUAGGAAGAAAUUGGUCCAUGAUUGAAAAUGUUUACACACUUGUGUGCGUGUGUGUGGAGCAACAAUUACAAUCAGGAAACGGAUUAUGGAUUUUGUAUGUUACAAGAAUCUCCAAAGUCAAGUGAUUCGGUGGCUGCUUCUUGCUUUGACUUUUCACUCCUUCUACCGGGCAAAGACCAACAAAGUCUUCACCGAUUGGAAUUUGAUGUCGAGAGGGAUUUUGUUGUUUUUAAGUGAAUGGACAUCAGAAUAUGAGCAUCAACUGCAACAUUUAAAGAAGGUUGAGAAAAGGGACUUUGUCAUGAAUGAAAUGUUCACCAUUUCUUCCAUUGUAGACAAGUUGGUGGUGAUGUGUUUUCCUUCUUUUUUUUAAUUUGAAAAAGAUAUUAAGUAUAUGAUCUGGAUAAUUUUUUCCUGUGCUGUGAAAUUGGAGAUGUAGAUGGUCAAGAUGUAGAUGGGUCGUUCUGUAACUUAAGGGUCCAAAGUGUGAACUUUUUUCAUCCCUGUUACCUUGGUACUUUGUAAUUCACCGUUUAAGCAUCUUUAAGAACACCUUCAAACAAUUUUGUAUUUGUUGGGUAGGUAGUUUGCUGUUCAUAAUCACUCUUGGAGGACGACUGCAUGAAGGAGUGCAUCAGAAUUAUAAAAUCUUAGAUGUCAGAUGUAACAGGGACAGGAAAAAACCAGUGGACCCCAAACUGAUAGAAAGACCCGAAUGCAAACAACGCAGCAAAGAUCAUGACUUGAAAAAUACGACUGAAUCCUAUAAAAUGGUGAAAGAGGAAGAUCCUCUAUUUCUCUCUUAACUUUUACAAAUGUAAGCACCACUGUAGGAAAAUGUACCAUAGUGUUAAUAAUUAUUGAGAAUUUCUGUAAGGUAAUAACUUCUGUAUGCCACCUUCAUAAGUUUAUGUAAAGUUAAUAACCAUGUACAUGUACAAAUUCCUCAGAGAUAUGAGGCGGAGAAUCCUGCUUAGCCUGGGAAACAAUGCUUACUUGUUACAGCGAACACAGGUUUUCUGUUCAGACGGGUAUCUGCUGAUUUUUGCUCGGCAUACAAAUUUGCAAAAGGGAUGAUUUUCUGCUUACCAUCUCUAUGAAAGUGGAAAGUAUUAACAGACGAUUAUGCUUAUUAUGUCUACAAUUGUUCCUACUUUAACAUUUUUUCUGCCGGGUUUUACUCAAAUAACAACUUUGAAGAUAAAAGUGCAGACAAGGGAGUUUCUCGGACGCAGUCGCACCAGAUUUCCAUUAGAGAAGACGUCAACAGGUGACCAGUGCCAUUGAUGGGAUUUUUGCUGCAUAACAGUCAAUUCUUUUAAAGGAAAUUUUUUUCAGAUGAAGCAGCAUACAUGUAUAUAUGCAGAGUUUCAGAUUGCCUCAGUGCUACAGAUAUUCACACUUGUAGCCAUGUCUAUCACAGGUCAAAUCGCUAGUAAGGCACAAGUAACCAGCCAUAUGGUUGCAAAGGGCGAUUUCUAAAGGUUACGUAACACUUUAUUUUGAAUGAAACUACAUGUACACAGACAUGUUCACACAGGCGGGCGAAAUCUUUAAAAAUUAAUUUCUCCCGUUUGGAAGACCGUAUCUUCAUGCAACUUUCAGGGUUUAUUUCCCUUAAAAUGAUCCAAUUAUGUGCUAAAAAUCAUUGUGAUAUGUUCAUUACUUUUGUUGACAUUGGAAAAUAGGCCUGGCUAAGUGCAUUUUUGAAAGUUGUAACACUGGCGUUGGCAAUGUCUGUCAAUUUUUUCAAGCCUCACAAAUAUUAAUAAGGUUCCUAUCCAUUAUGGUGUGUAGUAAAAAUGAGCAUAAAAACUUCCUUCACGAGUUAUUAAUUAAUAAAUACCACCCCUUUUGCCGGCUUCCAUUGGUCGAUACCGAGACCCACGCAAAGUCACGCCAGGUGACGCUAAUGAAUAUGCUUGUAACCCGUUGUUAUUGUGCUGCCAGGCUCGUCGAGAUUUUCCUUAGAGAUAGUUCGAGCUGUAACACAAGCGUAAGCAACAACAGAUCAAGUUGAAAUUCGGAAUAUACUUAGAUGAUAUAAGUGUUCAACUACUCAUUAAAUAACAACUUGAGUAGAUUCCAAGAAAUUGAGACAAAAACUUAGAUAUGGGGAAGUUUUUUAACGAUUUCUUCCAGACUUGCAGGUCUGGAAUACCAGUAACCAGUAUUUCACUGACACGAAGUUUAGAAUUUCUUCUUCCGUUAUAAUUUAACAUUUUCAAUCAUACUGAGCAUAUUUUCUGAGAAACACAACGUUCAAAAUGCCAUGUUUUGGGGGGUGCAUGAAUUUCACUGCUCUGUUACAGCGCGUAAGUACAUAAUCAGAUUAGCUUUGCUUGACAACCAGCCAUGCUUCGCCCUCGCAACCAUAUGGCUGUAACGAGGAAUGAACAAUGACAAGAUUUGGCUGUGAAUAGUUUCAGAUUUGGCUAUGAGCCCCACCCACCCACCCCACACCGUUGGUAACACCCAUCAUGGCUGUGAUUGGUCAAAUUAUCUUGGGGUGGGGCUUAACAGAUACUAAUUUGCAUAGAGUCCAUUUGCACACAUCCAGACUUUGCUUUGAUAUAUUGUUCACUUGUUAUUUUCUUUCAUUUGAAGUCUUAUAUCUUUAAUCUAAGAAUCUAAUACGACAAUUUACAAUUAUAUUACAUAUUUACGUCAAAUUUGUACUGCAAACUGUUUUCGGUCAAGUUCAUUUUGCAGAUCGACUGAUUACUGCAAGCGCUGUAGGAUUGAAUAAUGACAUUGUAAUUUAUUGUGGUUUAAAUUCAAUUGAACAUGUA